AUGGAGAACCAGACUUACAUUACGGAUUUCCAGUUGUUGCCAUUUUAUGCACAAUCUGAUUACAUAUUGUUGGCUACCAUUGUAUUUUUCUUCCUAUAUAUGUUUGGAGUGCUCAUCAAUUCUUUUAUAAUUACAGUGAUCUAUACUAAUGAUCAGUUACACUCCCCCAUGUAUCUAUUCCUCUGUAACCUGGCCAUUGUAGAUAUCUGUUAUACAACCACUACUGUCCCUAAACUGCUGUACGUGUUACUAUCUGGUGAUAAUACAGUGUCCUUCACCCAAUGCUUCACCCAGAUGUACUUUUAUGUUUUGGCUUCACUCACAGAAGAUGUCUUAAUAUUCAUUAUGGCAUAUGACCGAUAUAUUGCUAUAUGUAAUCCUUUGCACUAUCAAUCUAUCUUAAACAGGAGAAAGUGUCUCUUACUGAUAUCCGGCACUUGGAUAUCAGGAAGCUUAAAUUCAUUUGUAGUUACAGUACCAGUAUCACACAUGUCCUUCUGUCAUUCAAACACCAUACACCAUUUUUUUUGUGAUGCUAAAGCUCUAGUUGACAUCUCCUGUGCUGGCACUAAAGAGGUUUAUAUUGUUUUUUAUCUUGAAUUACUGAUAUUUGGAUUUCUCAUAGUUGUGUUUAGUUUAACAUCUUAUAUAGAAAUUUUCAGGGUCAUCUUUAAGAUAAAAUCAAAGGAUGGAAGAAAAAAAGCCUUCUCCACCUGCUCAUCCCACCUCACUAUUGUCAUUAUUUACUAUACAACAGCUUUUUGUGCAUACAUGUUACCACCAUCAGAAUACUCCAAUGUUCUAGAACAAGUGUUUACUGCACUGUACGCAGUUAUCACACCCUUGAUAAACCCUCUGAUAUACAGUCUACGGAACAAAGAUGUGAAAGGGGCUGUGCUGAGAAUACUGAGAGUGAGCAUAAGAGUUUAUAAAAGUUAA